CCUCCCUCAGGUUUUGUGUCUCUGCGCGCGAUAUCCCCCAGCAGCCUCUGCACGACCAUGACCAACGCGACCACCGUCACCAGCGACGCCUCCCCCGUCAAAAUCUACCGCGCGACCCCGGCAGACCGCGCCAAGGCGUGGGCCAUUGUCGACGAGUACAACGAGGCCAUCGGGGUCAUUGUGCGCGACUCGCCCGCCGCCUUCGACAGCUACUUUGACGACGGGGCAGGCAUCUGGCUAGCCGAGAAGGAUGGCAGCGAAGUGGUCGGGUGCAUCAUCCUGCGUCCCUUGCCCUCUGUCUCGCCGACAGCAUGCGAAGUCAAGCGGCUGUACGUGACCCCCGCGGCGCGCGGGCUGCGCGUGGCCGACAAGCUGCUCGCCACGCUGCACGCGUACGCGAAAACACGGGGCUACGACACGGCCUACCUCGACACCAAGGACGACUUGACCGCCGCCAUCCGGUUCUACCAGCGCCAGGGGUACGAAGAGUGCCCGCGCUACAACGAUAACCCCCAAGCGACAAUGUUUAUGCUCAAGCGGCUGGAGUAG